UUCUGCCCCAGAUCUUUUCUGGACUGUGCUUCUCAGCAGCUCAGAUCCGGGAGCCCCCCAGUCGCUGGCGGAGGGCGUGUAGGUUAAGGCGUUAACCCCUCCCAGUCUCUUCCUAAAGAGCCACCCAGCCUUGGCGCCGCGCUAGGCGACUUCACUGGGCUGGCAGAAGCCGGCAGCGGGGAUCGGGACAGGCCAUUGGAGUGCACUACUGCGGAGGGAGGGGACCCCGACUCCAGUAAGUUUGCGAGAGCCCGAAACAGUCAGUCGCGGGCAGCAGCAAGAUGCGGAGCGCGCGGUGCAGAGCCGGAGCUCUCCGAACGCAACUUCGCCCUGCCUGAGCGAGGCUGCAGUUUCCGAGGCCCUCUCCAGCUACACACAAAAACCUGGAUCUCUCACCGCACCCCCGCUGCAGCCAGUGAGGGCUCGCUGGGCAUCGCCCUCUAGCGUUCGUCUGGAGAAGCGCCACCCCCGGGUCCCUGGGGACACAGUGCAGCACCAUGGGGUCCACCGGGGUCAAGCCCCAGCGCAGCUCUGUCUCCGAUUAUGUCAACUAUGAUAUUAUCGUCAAGCAUUACAACUACACGGGAAAGCUGAACAUCAGCGUGGACAAGGAGAACGGCAUUAAACCCACCUCAGUGGUGUUCAUUCUCAUCUGCUGCUUCAUCAUCCUGGAGAACAUCUUUGUCUUGCUGACCAUUUGGAAAACCAAGAAGUUCCACAGACCCAUGUACUAUUUUAUUGGCAACCUGGCCCUGUCAGACCUGUUGGCAGGAGUGGCCUACACAGCCAACCUGCUCUUGUCUGGGGCGAUCACCUACAAGCUCACCCCCGCGCAGUGGUUUCUGCGGGAAGGGAGUAUGUUUGUAGCGCUGUCCGCGUCGGUGUUCAGCCUCCUAGCCAUCGCCAUUGAGCGCUACAUCACUAUGCUCAAGAUGAAACUCCACAACGGCAGCAACAGCUUCCGCUCCUUUCUGCUGAUCAGCGGCUGCUGGGUCAUCUCGCUCAUCCUGGGCGGCCUGCCCAUCAUGGGCUGGAACUGCAUCGGCGCGCUGCCCAGCUGCUCCACUGUGCUGCCGCUCUACCACAAGCACUAUAUCCUCUGCUGCACCACGGUCUUCACCCUGCUCCUGCUCUCCAUCGUCAUUCUGUACUGCAGGAUCUACUCCCUGGUCAGGACUCGGAGCCGCCGUCUGACCUUCCGCAAGAACAUUUCCAAGGCCAGCCGCAGCUCCGAGAAGUCGCUGGCGCUGCUCAAGACGGUGAUUAUCGUCCUGAGCGUCUUCAUCGCCUGCUGGGCGCCCCUCUUCAUCCUGCUCCUGCUGGACGUGGGGUGCAAGGUGAAGACCUGUGAGAUCCUCUUCAAGGCGGAGUACUUCCUGGUGCUGGCGGUGCUCAACUCGGGCACCAACCCCAUCAUCUACACUCUGACCAACAAGGAGAUGCGCAGGGCCUUCAUCCGGAUCAUGUCCUGCUGCAAGUGCCCCAGCGGGGACUCCUCGGGCAAAUUCAAGAGACCCAUUAUCGCAGGCAUGGAAUUCAGCCGCAGUAAAUCGGACAACUCAUCCCAUCCCCAGAAAGACGAUGGGGAGAACCCAGAGACCAUCAUGUCUUCUGGAAACGUCAACUCUUCCUCCUAAGAGUGGAAGCUGCCCACCCACUGGAAGGCUCUUAACAUGGCCACCCACCACCCCAGUGUUUGGAAAGAAGAAUCUCUGGGCUUCCACGGCUGCCAGGGAGGAGCGGGCAGAGGGAGGAAGCGGGAGAGUACGAACAGCCUGGUGGUGCCGGGUGUUGGUGGGUAGAGUUAGUUCCUGUGAACAAUGUGCUGGGAAGGGUGGAGAGCAGGUCCUGGCCUGGAGUCUAUUUCCUCUCCCCCUUGAAGCUUUGAUUUUGCACUGAGCCAAAGGUCUAGCAUUGUCAAGCUCCUCAAGGGUUCUUUUGGCCCCUCCUCAAAGACUAAUAUCCCCAUGUGAAAGCGUCUCUUUGUCUGGGCUUUGAGGAGAAGAUGUUUUCUUUCACUUUAAUUUCAAACCCAAGUGAGCGCAGCGUGCACUUCUGCUUCUCGGGAGAUGCUUUGGGCAUCCCGUCCACCCUCCCCUUCACUCCCCUUCUCAAAAUUCUUUGACUUUAUAUUGUAACUACCUGGCAUCCAUCAGACCUGAAAUGGUGGCAUGGUCCAUUUCCCCAUCGUCUGUAGCAGGCAGGCUCUGUGGAGCAGGCAGGCGGUGAGGACAUGGAAGUGUAAAGCGAUUUUCAUUUGCUGAGGCCAAAGUUUCCAUGUAAGGCGGAUCAGGCUUUUGAAUUUGGUGGAAGACACUUUUAUUUUUUGAAAAACACCUUUUCAAUGAAAUGUGUUGCAGUUUCAUAGUCACCGUGACCGAGAGCUGGUGUAGGAAGGCCACUUUAUUCCUGGGAUACUAGCCAGGAUCCUUAGGGUCAUAGGAGAAACAGGCGCGCAAAACCAGGUGAAAACUGACGGGGGUUAACUGUUGUAAACCAAGGGAAAAUUCUUAAUGAAUUAGUCUAACAAAUGCAACAUCUGUCUUUGGCACUUUUGUUGAUGUGUAUUUCGGAGUGUUGUGUGAUUUAUUUUGAGCAACAGGAUGGUUGUAUUUUGUUGUAUCAAAAGUACUUUUCCUGAUUUUUGAAUGUAUUUGUUUCAGUGGAGAUCAUUUUAAUGGACUUUUUUCCUAACCUGUGUGUUAACACCAUUGAAUGUGUAUUUCUUAAGAAAAUUACCACCCUCUUGUGCCCUUAAAAGCAUUACUUUAACUGAUAGGGAACAUCAGAAGUUUUUCAGUUCAGCUGUUUAUUAGAUAGUAAUUGAAGAAGUGUAUAAAUAUUACAAAGAAUAAAAAUAUAUGACUGUCUCUUUAGCAUGGUUUUCAGUGCAAUUAAACCAAGAAAUGUCCUUUUUAAAAAAAAAUGGUAUUUAAUAGGUUUCUGACUUGUGGGUCGUUUUGCACAUAGCUUUAUCAACUUUUAAACAUUAAUAAAUUGAUUUUUUUAAAGA